AUGUUAGUGUUGUCAACCGGUAUUUACGUUAGGUACCUAUUUACGUUAGACAGACAAAAGGGCACUACCACAGUAAUCAAGAUAGUACAAAUGGAGCCAGUGCCGGAAGCUCUGCCCACUAAACACAGCUAUCCUGCUUGUAUUGGCUUUAGAAAUAAACCUCAUAAUAAUAAAUAA